GACGAAGCUUAGCCGUUAUGACCGGAGAGGGCAUCAGGAUUCAUGCUGGCAAUGGCAUGCCCUUUGGCUUUGACACGGAGAAUGUCUUAAGUUGCAUCCCCCACAAUCAAUCUGCAUUGCGUGUCCUUUCAAAAAACCACGGCACACAGUGAAGGAACCAUAUCUUUCGCUCUUUCAAACAGCAUUUCAUCAUCAGCAAAUGGCAGAGGAAAAGGAGGAGAUGGAGGCGGAGGUGAUUCACUCGUGGUCUGCUCCAAGAUCCCUCAGUACCAGUCUCAUGUAUUCUUUUGCGCAGCGGAACGAUAUGGAAGUGCUUGAUGAACCCCUCUAUGCAAAUUUCGUACGGGUUACAGGCCUUGAUAGGCCCUACAGGGAGGAGCUACUCUCCAAAAUGGAAUCAGAAGGAAAUAAAGUUGUCAAAGAGGUCAUCUUUGCCCCAGGAAGAAAGAAGUAUCGAUUUUGUAAGCAUAUUGCAAAACAACGGUUGUGUGGUUUGCCGAAUGAUUUGAUGAAGAAAGGAAAGCACUUUAUAUUGAUAAGAAAUCCUCUUGAUAUUUUGCCGUCCUUUGACAAGGUUGUGCCUCCAUCCUUUUUUGAGUUAGGUUUGGCAGAACUAGUAUCCAUAUACAAUGAUCUCCGUGAGUUGGGAAAGGCCCCACCUGUCAUUGAUUCAGCAGAUCUUCAGCAAGCUCCGGAGGCUACCUUACGCGGUCUUUGUGACGACUUGGAUAUUCCCUUUCAAGAUGCAAUGCUCAAAUGGGAAGCUGGCCCAAAACCAAUAGAUGGCAUUUGGGCCCCAUGGUGGUAUAAAAGCGUACAUAAAUCAACAGGUUUUGAACAACCAAGAAAGAAUCCUGUGCCAUUUCCCUUUUCUCUGUACGACUUGCUGGAGCAAAGUCUUCCUUUGUACAACAUGCUUAGGCGCCAUGUGAAGCAGAAAUCAUCCCUUCUAAAGUCCCCCUUAACUCCUGAUCUUCCAGUUCCUGCAAAUGAGAAGCUGCUUGCAUGGGUUGGUGAUGAGAUUUUACCCCGUGAGAGUGCAAAGGUUUCUGUAUUUGACUCGGUUGUCCAAGGCGGAGAUUCUGUCUGGGAGGGACUUCGAGUUUACAGUGGGAAGAUAUUUAAGCUUGAUGAGCAUUUAGACAGGUUGUUUGACUCAGCAAAAGCUUUGGCUUUCAACAAUGUUCCAACUCGUGAAGAGAUUAAAGAAGCCAUCUUCUCAACUCUAAUUAGGAAUGGAAUGUUUAAUAAUGCACACAUCCGACUGUCUCUAACUCGUGGCAAGAAGGUUACUUCUGGCAUGAGUCCAGCAUUCAAUCUCUAUGGAUGCACCUUAAUUGUGCUACCUGAAUGGAAGCCCCCUGUCUAUGAUAACACACAUGGUAUAACUUUGGUGACUGCUACCACACGUCGUAAUUCACCAAAUAAUUUGGAUUCAAAGAUUCACCACAAUAACCUCCUGAACAACAUACUUGCGAAGAUAGAAGGCAAUAAUGCAAAGGCUGAUGAUGCCAUCAUGCUUGACAAGGAUGGUUAUGUAUCUGAAACAAAUGCUACAAACAUUUUUUUAGUGAAGAAAGGCCGUGUUCUGACACCUCAUGCUGAUUAUUGCCUUCCUGGCAUAACUCGAGCAACUGUCAUGGACCUUGUGGUAAAGGAAAAGUUCGUCUUAGAGGAGCGAAAUAUUAGUCUAUCCGAGUUCCACACUGCAGAUGAGGUAUGGACGACGGGGACAAUGGGAGAACUCACCCCGGUGGUGAAGAUUGAUGGGCGCAUUAUUGGCAACGGACAAGUUGGGCCUGUGACUCUAAGGUUGCAAAAUGCUUACAAAAACCUGACAGAAGAAUCAGGAAUUCCCAUACCGACCUAUGAUAAGAGUUGAUACUACGCUGCUAGAAGUGGGGUACUCAUGUCCUGAAGUUAAAAGAAGCUGGAAGUUGCUACCAGAGAUGUGAACAAAGAUUUGAGAGCGCCAACCCAUUCAAAUUCUGAAAAUCAGGUGCUAUGUAAAUAAUAUUUCAACUUAAUAUUUGAGGAUACUAACAUCUGCCCGUGAUUAAUAAAGUUUUUGCUGUAUCAUUGUGUAUA